GUCCGCACAGCCCGCCCGCCACACCACACACCCAUCCACCAUGUCCAAGCGCCAUGGCAUCUCGGUGGAAAUCCCACAGGCAGGAGAAACAAGCUCGCCGUCGCUUCAUUCGGCUGUGGCAAAACAAGAUCUGACGGCUGUGCGCAAGGUUCUGGCUCAUGACAAUGCUAUUCCGCUCGAAGCUCGGGACGCCUUCCAGAGGACGCCUCUGGUGGUUGCUGCCAAGCGCGGUGAUGCCACCAUUCUGUCGUACUUGCUGGCCAAGGGAGCCGAUCCGACGGUGGAGGCUUCGUUUGGAGUGACGCCUGGCGGGUGGGCGGCGCACAAUGCGCACUUUGCCGACUCGAUCAAGGAGGCGUUUGUGGGCCAUCCGCUCUCGUGGGCCAUCCGCAACAACCACUUUCAGACCGCCCGCAUCCUCCUCUCGCACCCGACAACGCACGAGCCAUUUGCCGAUGCCGACGCCUCCCGUGCCGCCACAGACGUCUUUGGCGAGACUGUCGUCCACGCUUGCGUCCGCGCUGGCAACGCCCGCCUCCUCAACAUGGUCCUUGCCUUUGGCACUUGGGACGCCACCGCAACCAACGCGGCGGGGCAGACGCCGCUCGAGAUCGCGCAAUCCGAGGCCCUCCGUCACAUCUUUAGCCAGGCGGCCUUGUGGACAGCGCCCGCCCCCGUGCCGGCGUCGGUCCACGCCGCGCUCGCCGACAACUCGUUUCCCGGCAUCCGCGCCGCUGUCGACGCCUACGGCCUCGCCGGCCUCAACGGGCCGGGCGCACUCAACGAUGCCGGCGAGACGCCGCUGUUUGCCGCCGCAAAGGCCGGCCUCGGCACCAUUGUAGCGUACCUGCUCUUCCGCGGCGCCGACCCGACCAUCAAGGACAAGCUCGGCAACUCGCCGCUCCAUGUCGCUGCGUUCUACGACCACUUUGAGACGGUGCGCAUUCUGCUCUCACAUGCACGGGUCCACGCCGCCUUUACCGGCGACGACGGCGACGCCUACCGCAAGACGGUCAACGGCGAGACGGUCCUGCACAUGGCGGCGCGGUCCGACAACGCCGACCUCGUCCGGCUUGUCCUCGCGUUUGAGACCUUUACCACCGAGCUCACUGCGACUAACAACCAGGGCCAAGCGCCCAAGGACGUGGUGACACAGCUCGAUGUGCGGACGGUACUCAAGUCUGCAGCGGCAGCGGCCGAUGCCGGGGCCAUCGAGCUUCCGCUGGCGUCGCCGGUCCCGAUGACGCCGCGGGUCGACUCGCGCAUCUGCGCCGUCUGCCUCUGCCCGCCGGAGCAGAGCGUGUCCAAGGUUCUCUUUACCUGCUCGUGCCUCGCGGUCAUCUGCGACCGUUGUCUCGGACAGACUGUGUUCGACGGCGUGUCGAAUCCGGACAGCGAUGGCUUCCCGCGGUGCAUCAACACCCUCUGCGCCCGCCGCAUCCCGUUGCACGUCGUCUCGGACCGGCUCCCGGCCUCGCGGCAGCUCGAGCUCAUUGCUGUUGUCGUCAACGAAACCGUUCGAAAGGCGUCGGCUGACGAGAAGCCGGCCAUUCAGACCUGUCGCGUCUGCUCCCGCGACAACGACCUCACCCCGGUUCUUGCCUCGGACUCGCCGGCCUACGCCUGCUCGCACUGCGGCGUCCGCCUCUGCGCCGUCUGCAACAACAUCUUCCCGCAGUCGUCGGUCGACUCGGAGAUCCACGCCGCCUGCCAUGACCGCUUCCCCUACGUCGCCCGCUUUGGCCAGCUACAGGACAUCAUUGCCGCUGCCUCGUUCCGCGCUUGCCCGCAGUGCGCCGUCGCGCCACAUGCUCAGCCCGGUGCCCUCGCGCCAACGGCAGCGGUCAUCGCCUGUUCGGGCUCGUGCGGCGACGGCGUCACGUAUUGUGCGCUCUGCGGCGCAGCGCGCAACGCCGAUUCCGACGCGUGCACCGAGGCAUGCACCGCCGUGUCGGCCGCCGCCGCAAACGCAGGCAUUGCCGACCUGGUCGAGACCGCCGCACUACUCCGCGCCCGCAUCGCCAUUCUCGACCUCGCCGCAGACAUGGGCCGGGCCCACUUUGUGGAGAUGGUCAACCGGUUCAAGUGGCACGACUCGCUCAACACGGCGUACUUCCACGGCCUCUUUCCGUUUACCGACGAGCACGCCGGAUUUGCAGACGACGCGCUCCCGCAGUGGCUCGCCUUUGAGCCGGCCGCGCUUUGGCCGUUUUGGGCCGCUGCGGCGCCGGCAGUCCUCGGCGUCGCCGCGCCCGAGCCCGCCAGCAUCACCCCGCUCGACAACGACAACGAAUCCGAGGCGCCGGCAACGGCCGACGGCCAAUAACACAAGU